AUGAAUAAGCCGAAACGAACACAAACAUUAGAUUCAUUUAUUAUUAAAAAACCGAAAAAUAUAUCAACAACAUCUUGCGAUCCAGAUUUAGAUCAACAUGGAGAAGAAGCAAAUGUUGUAUCAGAUACCAGUAUCGUCCAUAUUAAUCGUGUUAUUACUGGUAAUGCAAAUGAACCAACACCAAUUGUUAGUUCUGAAAAUAAUCAGCUAUCUAUUCAAAACGGUUAUUGUAGUUUAACAGAUUCACCAGCAUCGAACGAACAUUGUUUUUUAUUAUCUUCUACUUGUUCUAGUAGUAUUAAUGAUGAACAUAUUGAUACUAGUGUACAAACAUCUAGUUGUAAUUAUAGUGAUCGUGAAAAAGAGAAUAAUAAUGGUCGUUCUACAGCUACAUCAGAAGGUUUUGUUGGCUGUGAUAAAUUAAAGAGUGAGAAGGACGAGAUAUGUAUAGAAUCAAGUUCGAGAAAAACAACAAGUUUUCAAGAUAAAUGGUAUGAUGAUUAUCCAUUAAUUGAAUAUAGCAUAUUAAAAGAUCGAAUCUAUUGUUUUGUUUGUCGUUUAUUUGGUCAUGGUUCAGGAGCACUUUGUGCUGAUCUUGCUUGGACAAAAUCUGGAUUACAACAAUGGGCUAGAAUGAAAGGCAAAGAUGGUAAAUUAAUUAAACAUUUUCAAUCGACUGCACAUAUUUCUGCUAAUGAACGUUUACAGACGUUUAAAAAAGAAGAUUCACAUGUCGAUAUUCAACUUGAUAAAGAACGUAUUUAUGUUAAUCAUCAUCGACAAGAACUAUUCAAAUUAAAUCGUUAUAUCAUUUUGAGUCUUCUUGAUGCAACGAAAUUUUUAGCACGUCAAUCAUUAAGUGUUCGUGCUGAAAUUGAAUCUGAAGGUAUAGUAGUCAUACAUCGAAUAUAA